GUUUGUGUGUCUGGUUCCUUUCUCUUCCUCCUCUUCUGCUUCCUCCCCAAUUUCUAGUUCUUGGCUUUCCUGUCAACACCAAGACUCUGGCUGUAUCCACAUCCCCGGAGAGGCCAAGGAACUGAGGAGCCGUGGGACACCCAUCAGGAGAGUCUCAAAGAUGUCUCGGAGCCAGCAGAGUUCCUGUACUGUUUGAUCGCAUUCCAGUUCUUCCUGUACCUCAGUUUCUGUUGCUAUGGAGACUUCCAAUGGGACUGAGACCUGGUACAAGAGCCUCCAUGCUGUGCUGAAGGCUCUGAAUGCUACCCUUCACAGUCACUUGCUCUGCCGGCCCGGGCCAGGGCCAGGACCCGGGCCAGACAACCAAACUGAAGAGCGUCGGGCUAGCCUUCCUGGCCGUGAUGACAACUCCUACAUGUAUAUUCUCUUUGUCAUGUUCCUAUUUGCUGUCACUGUGGGCAGUCUCAUCCUGGGAUACACGCGUUCACGCAAAGUGGACAAACGUAGUGACCCCUAUCACGUGUACAUCAAGAACCGCGUGUCUAUGAUCUGAUGGGAGGUGCCUGAGGAUGAUGGAAGAUUACGAUGCCUGAGGAUUGUCUUCUUGGGCCUCUAGAAUUCAGCUCUGGACCCUACCAAGCCUCAGUGUCUCUAUCUAUAUAAGAGCAACAAGAAAUUGGUAAGAGAGAUCUCGUCACUGGGACCAGAGAGGAGGAGGGGCUGGUAGGCCUGGCCUUGUGGAUAAUACAUUUUUUUCCAGACAAAGAUAAGCAUUAUAAACCAGGAGCCCAUGAACAAAUAUAUAGAAGUAUGGACUACCGGCAAGUAGGAAAAGAGGAAGGUGAAGGGAAAUGGAGCAGAAGACGCUCUGGACACAUACUCUUUUAAUGUAGGAUCUUCAAACAUGAGAAACCUUGAUAAAAUCGAGUAACGCUACUUAUUUGUGUUUAUAUUUCUUUAAACAUACUUAACACAUGUGGGUUUUGCCUCAUCUGCCAACAAAGAAGAACAGGUACCACGACUGAAUCCAGGAACUCUGGUCCUUUUGUCUAGGACUUCUCAAUGACACAUGGGGUAAGAUCCUGGCCCAAAGAACUUGAGGCGGAGCUUAAUAGUGCAUGCCUGUAAUCCUAGUGCUUAAGAGGCUGAGUGGGGAGGAUCAUUUGAGUUCAGGAGUUCAAGACUGGCCUGGGCAAGCCCUGUUUUGGUAGGGAGCUUGGGGAGCAGGGAGGCAGUGAGAAAUACGUUACUUUUACAAAUAUUACCAAAGACAUGUCACUGUGUUAAUGUAUUGCUCAAGCACU